UUUUUUUUUUUGGCGGCUCUGCCAUUCACUCUCUCUAGUCUCUUCCUCCCUUCAUUGGCGGUGAGAGGUCGUUUCUGCCCUUGCUUUUCACCCGCAAUCUCAGGCUGCCAUUGCUUUGUACACGUAUUGAUCAGUCUGUCCAAGUUUCCACGUGUAGUGAUCAAUUACCAUACACCUAUCGGCCUUUUUCUUCUUGCUUUACCGAUUCCGAUCCCGAUCCCGAUCCCGGCCUCGACCUCCAUCAAGGUCAACACCCCCUGUUCGCUGAUAUCAGGCUUAUCCAUCGCAAUCAACAUCAGCAGAAUCUUGAUUCUGUUUGCUCUGCAAUUUCACAUCUAGGUGGUUAAUUACAACAACUUCAAGUUUUUAGAACUGGAAGGGGUGCUUUAUCUGCUUUCAACGUGCUGGCAACAGUGGCUCGGUUUUACUGGUAGUUGAUCGUUCGGCGGUAAACAGUGAUUAGUUCUGUACCUGCCUGGGAUUUAAGUGGAGAAACAGAGGACGGACUGUGUUAUAGUCACUGAGCUCGCGAAGCCGCUGAUUGCCUACUGCAUAUUAUAUGCAGAAGCGUUUACACAUCAUUCUGCUGCCACUGUUCCUUUGUGUAUUGGUUAAUACUAUCUUGAUCUCUUAUUCUUAUUCAGAUUGUUGGAACAGUGUGCAGUCAGAUUGUUUAACUGCUUUGAAUUCAGCUCUCGAAGUGCAGCUCCAUCUUGAUCGAAUCUCUCUCUCGACAUCCUCUUCUCCAUUUGUUCCUUCUACUCUUUUUAUUCAGGACAAAGCAGGACAAGAUCUAUAUGAAAUGACGUUCGAGUUUGGCAAAACUAUUGAUGAAUUAGAUGUGGUGGAGCAAAUCCUAUCAAUUCUGCCACCCAAAUCUCUGAAGCGAUUCCAGUGCGUCUCUAAAAGGUGGUAUGCUCUGAUCACCAGUCCCAGGUUCGUAGCUAAGCACCUCUCCAAUUCCACGCACAACAAUCUCUCCACUAGUGUUCUUAUGAAACGUGAAGUCCGUAAGGAUACCAACCCUGACGAGACUGAAGAGUUGUUCUCAUUCCUUCAUUUUCGAAAUGAUGAAGAUAAUGAUGUUGAUGGCGUGCAUGACGAGCAUAGUGUUCUUUCUAGUAUCCAGGAAUUCCAUAUUCCGUUUCCUACCGGUGUAAAGACUCCGAACGACUCGCUUAUAAUUAUAGGCCACUGUAACGGGAUCAUUUGUCUAGCUCAAGCAGUAUCUGGUGAGGUGAUUUUAUGUAACCCAGCAAUUCAUGAAUAUAAGCUUCUUCCACCCUCUCCACACCUUCCAGAUUCCGAUUGGCCAUGUAGCCCCUUAUUCCGGUUCAGAGAUGGUUUAGGAUUUGGACACGAUCCGAACUUUAACGAAUAUAAAGUUAUUAACAUUGGAUUUCCUGCUCCAGAAUUAUCUACACCUGAUGGAUUUAGCAUUUAUAAUCCUCCCAAAGCAGCUGUCUAUACCCUGGGUACUGAUUCUUGGAGAGAGAUCAGGACUGAUUCGUUAGAAACAGAAACUACCAUUCUUUGGCCCGAACAAUUCCAGAUGCACUUCAAGGAUAUGUGUUUUUGGCAGGGACAUGAGCAACAUAAGGAAUUGGAUGUGCUUGAUGAAGCCGAGGAGCAAUUCAUUAGGGAAGUUAUCAUUAUGUUUGAUACUGGGGAUGAGCUAUUUCAUAAUAUAAUGUUACCGGAUGAAUUUGAUUAUCCAUCAAAAAAUUAUUUCUUUGUGAGCCUUUUAGUGUGGAAGGACUCCGUUGCUCUUCUGGGAAGACAAAUCUGUCAGCUAUCAUCAUAUGGAAUAUGGGUGAUAGAUGAAUUUGGUGGUCACAACGGUGGUGCUUGGACAAAACACAUAACUUUUGACCUCCAUGUGGAACCGUUGAUAUUUUGGAAGAGCGAUGAGGUUCUUUUGAAUGAUCCAUACGACACUGAUUAUAGCGGACUUAUAUUCUCUUAUAAUCUCGGUACCAAAAACCUUAAAAAUCUUCCCAUUCGAAGCGAGCGGACUGACUCUACUGCUAUUGUGUAUGUGAGCAGUAUAGUUUCAGUAUUGGGAGGCAGCAAACCCAAGAGCAAAGAUAAUUCUACACCCAUUGCUGAAUUUUCUGUAUUUGAGUACCCUUCUCCACCAGUCGGUCAUUAUAUGGUUGAAAAGAAAACUUACUCAUAUUCGGUGUGGGCAAUCCCAUCAGAUGAUGUGUCUCUCAGGAUUAAGAAAGUGAUGGUGGGACUGCGGACUGAAUUCGGCGGCCCGGAGGUUGAUCCCCACAUUGCCGUUGUGGGUUCCAUUCGUAUGAAGCAUGAGGAUAUGCUCAACAAGUUCAGAUCUCUCCAGUCUGAUGUUAUUUCUUCGUACAAAGCAAAAGUUAAUCAAGUCGUUACUAGGAGUUCCUAUUUCCAAUGUAUUUCCCUCCUCAUUCAUUCAUCUUUCAAGGUGUCACCUGAGUUAUCGUUUACAACUGGAGUCUGUGGUGGACGAUUCCAUUUCUGUAAUGAAGUUAGGCCACAUUUGAGCCUCCUUUAUGGUUACCUGACAGAAGAAGAGAGGAAGAAAGCUCAAGAAAAAGUCAGUUAUCUGGAUGAAGGCCUCAGCAGCUUGAGCUUCUUUAUAACUCGACUUGCAUUGUACAAAAUUGACUACAAAGAUAGAAGUCUCAAAUCAUGGGAGAAGAUUGCUGAUUACCCCCUCCAAUUUGAGUAAUUCCUUAUUUCAUGUUUAUAAUUAGCUUGUAUUGAAAUAUAAGACUUUUGCCUGAGUGUCCCUGCUGUAGUCCUGUGACUCCUGUCUAGCACAAUCAGAUUUUGGAUUGCUACAUAUGUGUCAUGACAAUCUUAUUCCUGCACCUUCAUAAUGAUGAGUUUGUUCUUUUAGUACUUAUUCUGCA